AUGCCUUAUGUGAGCUUGCAGCUUCAAGAAACUGGUGGCCUUGCAUCUACACCACCACGGGCAGUUGUGCAAUUGCUGGCAUCAAAAGCUUGUAGAGGUGCCAUCAUGUUUGGAGACAUGCUGAAGCCAUCUGAGACUUCCCAGCUCAUUGAGUGUUUGAAGCACACACAGCUGCCCUUCCAGUGUGCACAUGGAAGGCCAACCAUGGUUCCGCUUGUGGACCUCGACGAGCUGAAGAGAUUGGUUGAAGGCAUCGAGUUGCAAGGCAACCAGAAACCUGGACUUGGAGAGGACUUGUGUUGA